AUGAAGAAGAACAUUGUCUUAUUGAUUCUUCUCUUUGUAAUUCAAUUUUCUAUAUCACUUGCUUCCUCAAAUGAGACUGACCAACAAGCUUUACUAGCUUUCCAAAAUCUUGUUACAAGUCCCACUCAUUUUUUGGCCAUUAAUUGGACCAACAAUACUUCUUUUUGCUCUUGGUUCGGUGUCACUUGCAGUUCAAAAAGGCAAAGGGUUGUGGCCUUGGCUCUUCCUAAUUUGCAACUGCAAGGCACAAUUUCCCCAUCUUUGGCCAAUUUGUCCUUUCUCAGUCUUCUCAAUCUCGACAACAAUCAGCUGGAAGGAAGUAUACCAACAAGUUUAUUUCAACACCGGAGAGUUCAAGUAAUUUCAUUGGCCUUCAAUAAACUCGGUGGUGAAAUGUGGAAAGGGCCAUGGUAUGUACCCGAACUUAGAGUGUUAAAUCUCAGGAACAAUAGCCUCACAGGUAUAAUCCCUCCUUCUGUCGGAAAUGCCACAAAAAUGAUGAACUUUAGUUUGUCUGGGAAUAGAGUCAGUGGCAACAUUCCAAAGGAGGUCGGUAAUCUGAGUCAACUUGCAGACUUGUACUUGACUCAUAAUCAAUUAAUUGGUUCCAUUCCUGCAGCACUGUUUAAUAUCUCAUCAUUGCUUGCCAUAAGUCUGUACAACAAUAGCCUUUCUGGCUGUCUCUUGCUUGAUGAAGGGAAUAUUGUGUCAAAUCUGAAGUUUUUAAGUAUAAGUUACAACCAAAUUUCUGGUUGCAUUCCUUCCAAUAUAUGCCAACUCACAGAGCUCAAAAUUUUGUCCAUAUCUUUCAACAACAUAACUGGAGACAUACCCAGAAAUAUUGGUUGUUUAUCCAAGUUGGAGUUGUUCUUAAUGGGCGUUAAUGCAAUAAAUGGGACUAUUCCCACUUCCUUGGGAAAUAUUUCCACUCUGCAAUUUCUUGAUUGUGCAGAAAAUCGCAUAGUGGGUCAAAUUCCUCCGGAAUUAGGGAAGCUAUCAAAUUUGAGGAAAUUAAACUUUGAGCAGAAUUAUAAUCUUAUUGGUCAAAUUCCGGAGGCUAUUUUUAAUAUGUUUCUUUGGAAUUCAUUGCAUUUGAUUUCAAUAACCUCUCGAGGAGAAUUCCAGCCACUACAGGUCUUCAUCUUCCGAACCUUAAAGGACUUUACCUGGAUAACAAUCAGUUGGAAGGGGAAAUUCCAUUGUUCAUAA